CCUUCAGCAAAGGCACUAGGCUUCAAAAGUUAUCACCCUGUUAAGCGCCUCCUCCCGCUUCGCCUUGCCAAUCUCCAGGCUCGAGGUCGCUUCACGUGCUCUGGCCAGGGGGCUGUAGAGGGGAAUCUAUUUUUCGCGCCCGCGCUUACUCUCCCUCCGCGCCCCACCGCCGUCCCACGAAGCGAGCGCCAGGCGAGGGAGGCACCCUCCCCACCAACUAGAGCAAAGGCGCGCAGGCAAAGCUGGGGCUCUUCCCAACCUUCUUCCAGAGGGAACAGCAGCCACACCGCCAGCCGCUCUCCGCCCCACACUCGGCUUGCUCGGGGUCCCACUCCGCCGCUCCGCGAGGACCCCCUGCAUGCGGCCGGAGCAGCUGGUGGUAGCCAGGGCGCGAGCCCCGCCGCUUCUCCUCCCUCGCCGCGCCGCGCCUCGCCGCGCCUUCCUGCCUGCGACCCCCUCAGCCUAGACGCGCCGCGGAGAGGAGAGGCGAGGCGAGGCGAGGCGAGGCGAAGAGGGCAUUUCGGGCCGGCGGGGGAGACAAUGAACAGCGCCAAAAGCGAGCAAGAGCUCAGCCCGGCCGAGGCGAACCUGCAAGAGGAAGAGGUACGGACACUCUUUGUCAGUGGUCUGCCCCUGGACAUCAAACCCCGAGAGCUCUAUCUCUUGUUCAGACCAUUCAAGGGUUAUGAAGGUUCUCUUAUUAAACUCACUUCAAAGCAGCCUGUGGGUUUCGUUAGCUUUGAUAGUCGCUCAGAAGCAGAAGCUGCUAAGAAUGCUUUGAAUGGAAUUCGUUUUGACCCAGAAAUCCCUCAGACGCUCCGACUAGAGUUUGCAAAGGCCAACACGAAGAUGGCUAAGAGCAAAUUAGUGGGAACGCCUAAUCCCAGCACUCCUGCCACCCCCAAUGCCGUACCUCAGUUCAUUACCAGAGAGCCAUAUGAACUCACAGUGCCUGCACUUUACCCCAGUAGCCCUGAAGUGUGGGCGCCGUACCCUCUCUACCCAGCGGAGUUAGCACCUGCUCUACCUCCGCCUGCUUUCACCUACCCUGCUUCACUGCAUGCCCAGAUCCGCUGGCUCCCUCCCUCAGAGGCUACUUCUCAGGGCUGGAAGUCCCGUCAGUUCUGCUGAAUCCUGUGUACCAGGUGUGUGAUGGCGGCUACACUCUGUCUUGUGGGUAUUAAUACAUUCUUCCAAAGUCGCUACUGGUGUCUUACCUUCAUCUUCCAAAUUGCAGUGUGG